UCCGAUUCGUCUCAGACUGUUGCGUUCCAUUCCCUUUCGUCAUGGAAUAUGGAGUCACUGCGGAAUCCAGUAUAGGACUAAGGGAGCAAUAUCAUUUCCUCGAGAUUGAACGUGUGAAUGUGUGAUAUGUUGGCGGCUUGGAGAUCUCAAGCUCGUUCUUCCUUCCAUGCUUUGCGGCCACGGAAGUUAGGGUUAUGGGGCACCCAUCGUUCCCUAUCCUCGUCCUCGGAGAAUAACCAAGGGUUUCUAGACCUGCAAGAGGUGGAGAAGGUUCUCAGCGACAUAAAGGCAGACGACGUGAAGGUGAUUCCCGUUCGACAGCACUGCGAUUGGACUGAUUUCAUGGUGAUUGCGACCGGUAGGUCAACCUGGCACGUGAGGAACAUCGCCGAAGCCCUAGUUUACAAGACGAAGCAGAAGCAGAAAGGUGCUCAGCGGUUGCUGUUGCCCAGUGUAGAAGGGCGUGAAGGAGGCAAAUGGAUUGUCAUCGAUUCUGGCACGGUUAUAGUUCAUGCCCUCGAUGAGAAAGCAAGAGCUUACUACAAUUUGGAAAGCCUUUGGACGACAGAAAUAUCCCCAAAGGGACCCAAUCAGGAUUUGGAAAGAGCCCUUGUAAAGACCCGUCGGAAGAACAACUCCAAGAAGAGCAUCCAAAAGAGUAUCUGAUUUUGAACCUUUUGCUUGGUGGACCAGGUUUCCCUUUCCCUUGUACAUCAACUCCAAAUGUAGCAUUUAAUAAUCCGUAGUUAAGAAAUAUAUAUUUAUCAUCUUCUUGUUGCCUGAAUUUUUCAUGUUCAAGUGGCUGUCAUGUUGGAUUAAAUAUCCUAUUUAUAAUUUGAUUGUCAACAUGGCAACAUUCUGGUG